GUACAACAGUGUUGUGUUAAAUAAAUAAAUAAUUAUUUAUACAUGUCAGUGACUUGAUAGUAUAACAUCAUGUCUUCCCAUAUCUACUUAAGGAUGUUAGGGUAUGUGGUGACCAUAACACUUCAUGUUGGAAAUAUUGUGGUGAUGUCACAACCGAAGCCGAAGCAUAUUGUAGUGGACCCGAGGAUAGCGGCCUAUGCUGAACUGCAAGCCAGGUUCUUCACCUGCUGGACAUUCUUCCUGCAAAUUGUAUGUGCAUUUAGUGGACUAAUAUGCGACACACUGGUACUGUGGAACACCAGUAACAAAGACUAUAAGCUGCCCAAAUACCUUAGAGGUUUCAGGAAUACACUCUUCUCAGCCAUUGUUUGGCCUUGUACUUGGCUGGUCUUCUUAUUCUUCUGGACCCUGUAUAUAUACGAUAGAAGUCUUAUAUAUCCUGAAUUUGUGGACGAUUACCUAACACCAACGUCGAAUCACAUAAUGCAUACAGCCAUCAUACCUAUUGUCCUGUGGGAGGUCGUGUUCCAACCGAGAUAUAUCCCGAAGUCGCAUGCAAGGAAUCUGAAGCAUUUGACGUUCCAUCUUGUGUUAUAUUUCAUUGUAAUGAUAUACACAUACGUAGAACGGAACGUAUGGAUAUACCCUGUAUUCAAGAGGCUGUAUGGAACACCGUACUUCUUCAUUGUCCUGGCGUCUCUUCUAUUAAUAUGCGUCAUAUUUUAUUACAUCCAAUGGUUUCUUACAAAGAUAAUUUGGGGCCGAUUGGAGAAAGAGAAUACAAAAAUAAAAAUACAUUAA